AUGAGGGAAUUAGGGCACACACAAGAUUCCAAAUCUUCACAUGUGUCUGACCAUGCAGGUCUUAAAGCUUCAAUCGUUAAAGCAAUUUUUAAUGAUUUGAGCCCUGCAAAAUCACCGCAGAUAUUUCCAGAAGCUUCUGAUGACAUUUUUACUGUUGCCGCUAAAGCAUCUCCAACGAAAAAGUUGUUCGACCUGUCGCUAAGUGAAGGCGACCUAACCCUGACAGAUGAGAAGACACCUAUGAUGAAAAGUUGCUCACAAAAUAUGUUCUUCCCGGCCGUAGCUGGCGAAAACAGCUCUUCUUCUCUUCAAAUAACAAAGGAAAGAACCUCUAGAGUCAUGAGGAGACUCACUGACGCAAGAAGAGAUAGCGCACUAACUCAACCGAACGGCCGCGGUCCUACCGCAGAACAACUCUCAUGGCUUCGAGCUUGCAGAACUGGUGAUAUCAAAAUGUGCACUAAGCUGAUGGAUUCAAAUCCAGAUAUUCUACAAUACAUUCCACCGUACCAUUUAAAUUACUCUGGUGUACAUAUAGCGACUCAAGGACGUCAUUAUGAUCUGUUACGGUUAUUCAGGGAAAGAGGAGCAAAUUUUAAUGCGCCAACUCGGGCCGGCUACACUCCACUUCAUUUGGCUGCUCAAAAACAGGACCAAGAGACUGUACAGUUGCUGAUUGAUGAGUUUGGUGUUGACACUACAAUUCGUGAUCUGAUGGGCUAUACCUAUGAACACUACGCAGAUUGGCUUGAUUAUCCGGACUACGAUCAUACGGGUUAUCCACUGAUUUACAGAGGAGAAAGAUCGAGAAGUUCCUCUAGACAUCCAUCGAUAGGCUCGCAGGAAUCGCUUUCCUCAUCGAAGAACUCGUUCAGUCGUCACGGAUCAAUACGUGAAACUAUCCGCGGCCUACUGCACAUUCCAAAAGGUCUACGAUCACGAAGCCCAUCAUUGAAUCAGCUAGUGGUGUGUGUUUCGAGCUGGUCGCUGACCCGUAAAAUCACGAAAGAAGCCGCUGUUGGCGGCGGCAACAUGCGUGUACGUACAGAUAGUGAGAUUGCUGUGGGAUCGAGCGUCUUUCAGGGACCAGUGUUUCCGGCGAGAAAAAACGAUGACAUGUUCGUCAAAUGCGUUACGGAAGUGCAGACAAGCGAGGAGGAGCAGUUACAGGAACAAUUUGACUUUCCGUGGACGAGUUGCUGA